AAACUAUUCCUUUGACCGGCAUAUUUGCGACUUCCUCCCCGUAUGUAAUCCAGAAGUUGUCCCUGCUCUUCUUCGUCUUCUGCUUCCUUGUCGAACUUGCAAAAGUUCGAACUUUUUGAUGCGCAGUGAGUUUAUCUAAUGUGAUUGGUCAGUUUCUGAUGACUAAGCUUCCCGCGACAAAGCCUGAGAAAAAGCCAAAAAAGGCGAUGUCGAACAACAGGAAAAUACAAACUGCGCGACAGCGAGGAAGGCCUGAUCUCUGCCUGUCGCCCGCGAAGACCGUCUUUGAUGCUUGAGUCUGGGUAGACCACUCUACAUGCUGCUUGUUUGGUUCUGCUGCUUUCAGCCAUGACGGAUAAACUCCCUCCAAACCUCCUCGCGCUCUUUGCGCCGCGUCCUCCGCUCCGUUACCUUCAGCCCAUCAGCAGAGCGCCCGACGAUGUGAAGCCAAGUACAAUAUCUGGUGUUGCGGGUUAUCUCGAUGAGCUGAAGAAGUAUGGAGAGGAGGUUCCUUAUAAUGCGACGGAGAGUUGGCUCCAGCGCAAGGAUAGGCUGAAGAUGGAGAAACGGGAGCAGACUACGAAACGCCUGGAGGAAGGUCUUGCAGCAUAUAACCCUUCUGAAGAUCCACAGAUUCGUGGUGACCCGUUUAGAACGUUAUUUGUCUCCAGACUGAGCUACGACGUCAAAGAAGCAGAUCUAGAACGGGAGUUUGGCCGGUUCGGCCCUAUAGAGAGGAUUCGAAUCGUGAAAGACACGAAGAACCCCAACCCAAAGAAACCGCACCGAGGCUAUGCUUUUAUAGUAUAUGAACGUGAAAAAGAUAUGAAGGCCGCCUACAAGGAAACAGAUGGAAUUCGCAUCAAAGACCGACGAGCUCUUGUGGACGUCGAGCGUGGACGUACGGUCAAGGGAUGGAAACCACGUCGAUUCGGCGGUGGGCUAGGUGGCCGUGGAUAUACCAAAGCAAUGCCCUCAAGACCAAUGGGUCCUGGCGGGUAUGGCCCCCCUUCUGGGCCUGGUGGCUUCCAAGGCGGCUUCCGAGGACCAAGGGGAGGCUUCCGAGGUGGAUUUAGAGGAGGCGAUAGGCCCUUUGGCGGCCGUGGAGGAGUUGGCUUCCAGGGCGGUCGUAGCGGAUUUGGAGGUUCGGCCAACGGUGCAUCGGGCCAGGCUCCUCCCAACGCUCCCUUGGGCCCUGGUGGAAGCCGGGGUGGUGGUGGGUAUAGUCAGCAAAAUGGUGAUGGCUACGGAGACAGACGCUUUGACGAUAGAAGCCGAGGUGGCUCCAGGUACGACAGAUCGGGUGAUCGUGGUGUAACUGGCAGCAACCGAGAACCCGUCAGGCCCAGAGGAUACGGAGAUCGUGACAGAGACAGGGAUAGGGACAGAGAUCGUGAUCGUGAUAGAGACCGAGACCGGGGUGGUCGAAGCGAUCGUGACCGUGAUAGGCCGCGGGACCGUGAUCGUGACAGAGACAGAUACAGUCGGCGUGAUGAUGACCCCCCGAGAAAGAGACACCAUGAGGGGGACGCAUACGAUGAUCCUAGGACGAAACGAAGAUACUGA